UUAGAUCUACCUUGAAGCCAAUCAAGCAGUCAAAUAAAAAAAAUAAUAAUAAUAACAAAAUAGUAAAUAUGGAAUAACAUAACAAAGCUGUGAUUUAACGAUUUACAAACGAAUUGAACAUAUCCAUAUAUAACCGUAUUUAAAAAACAAAUCCAAUUUGGAGUUCUUAACAUAAAUUACAAAACAAUCGAAUUAAAUUAAUCGAAAACAAAUGACUGUUGAAGCUGGUGCAGACGCCUCACCGUCGAUGGUGACAGAUGCCAACAAUGCUGUCGCCAGUAGCGGCAAUGUUUCAUCGCCCUCUCUAUCCGAAUUGUAUGGGCAAACGGAUUUCUAUAUUGGUGUUGGCCUGGCAAUCAGUUCGUGUUUCUUCAUUGGUUCUAGCUUUAUUAUUAAGAAAAAGGGAUUGAUGCGUCUCAAUCGUCAUGGCGAACUAAGGGCAUCGGCCGGGGGUUUUGGUUAUUUGAAGGAGUGGAUAUGGUGGGCUGGUUUGUUGACAAUGGGCCUUGGAGAGGCGGCAAAUUUCGCCGCAUAUGCUUUUGCACCUGCCUCGCUGGUAACCCCGUUGGGCGCCUUGAGUGUUAUCAUAUCUGCAGUUAUGGCAUCACAAUUCCUCAACGAAAAACUUAACUUACUUGGCAAACUCGGCUGUUUCCUGUGCAUUGUGGGUUCAACGAUUAUUGUCAUACACUCACCCAAGGAAAAAGAAAUUGAAGAUUUGCAAGUUCUGUUCGAGAAAUUACAAGAUCCUGGCUUUAUAUUUUAUGUCAUUCUAAUUAUUGGCUCAACAAUAUUUGUGGCAUUUUUUGUUGCACCACGACAUGGUCAUAACAAUGUGGUGAUCUAUAUAUUCCUAUGCUCGGGAAUUGGUUCGUUGACGGUAAUGUCAUGCAAGGCCUUGGGUUUGGCCAUACGUGAUACAAUAGCGGGAACAAAUGAUUUUGCCACCUGGAUGCCAUGGUUUUUAAUACUUGUCACGGUAACAUUUAUUGCCAUACAAAUGAAUUAUUUGAACAAGGCUUUGGAUAUCUUCAAUACGGGCAUUGUAACUCCCAUAUACUAUGUGAUGUUUACAACAUUGGUCAUCACAGCUUCGGCGAUAUUAUUCAAAGAAUUCACUCACAUGCGUUUCGAAGAUAUAUUGGGUGAUAUUUGUGGAUUCCUUGUAGUCAUAAGUGCAGUAUUUAUGUUAAACGCGUUUAAGGAUAUGGAUGUAUCGUUGAAUGAUGUACGCGGCAUUAUGCGUCCCAAGAUGCAGAAACUUAAUCAAUACGAUGAUGAAGUAAUGGUGGAAGAACCAACACUCAAGGAUCGUCGUUAUACCUAUGGAUCGGGAGAUAUUUAUCGUACAGCAUGACAUAAGCAACGUUAUCAAGUGUAACCCACUGCUAUUAAUUGAUAAAAUACUUCAAGGCCUUUUCACUUUACCAUACUCCACUUUCCUUUUCUCUCUUUCUCCUUCCUUUCCCCCCUCGAACAUUGCUGUUUUGUGUUAUUAUACUAUUUUUAACGAAAUUGUUGUUGGUGUGAUUUUAAAAAAUAUUUAUACAUUGUUAAUGAUGUAGAAGACCUAAUCCAAAGUCCUAUGAAAUAAGUCUAAGUCCUUUAUACAUUCAUUUGCUUUUUCUUUUUUGUUUUGUAUAUUUGUAUAAGCUAGCAUUGUAAGAACAUUUUUUUUUGAAAAAAGAACAAAUAUUUUUAUUGAGAAUAAAGACUAUAUUCCCAGAGUCUAUAAAAAAGUA